CACUGACAUAGGAAGGUAUAAGAGGGGUGCGGCAGCAAGCGUGUCUGCGCCACCGUGCAACCCCCAAGCCAAUAAGGCCACAUUUACGAAAUCACUCUGCGACGCCAGCGCACAGCAGAUUACCGCGACGGCUACUUCUCAGCAAAACAAGAUGGCAGCAUACACAGGAGCCAAGCGUGGUCUCGAACAUUUGGAUGAAUAUGAACCUAAGCCGGCUAAACAAAUGCGAAACCUUCACGAAAAAAUGUCGGAGAAAAGGCUUGUUGUUGUUCUUGAAGGAGCGACGUUAGAAACAGUGAAGGUUGGAAAAUCCUUUGAACUUCUGAACUGCGAUCAACACAAGAGCAUGAUUAUUAAAAAUGGGAGAGAUCCUGGCACCGUCCGACCUGAUAUCACGCACCAGUGUUUGCUCAUGUUAAUGGACAGUCCUCUGAAUCGCGCUGGAUUGCUGCAGGUUUAUGUUCAUACGGAAAAAAACUCUUUAAUAGAGAUCAACCCUCAGACACGUAUUCCUCGCACUUUUACACGUUUUUGUGGACUAAUGGUCCAGCUCCUACACAAGCUGAAAGUGAGGGCUGCUGACGGACCCCAGCGCUUACUCAGGCUCAUCAGAAACCCGGUUUCGGACCACCUGCCGCCAGGCUGCCCCCGCAUCGCUAUGUCUUUCUCUGCAACUAGUGGUGCUGUGUGCCCCAGGACCUUGGUUCCCAGUGAGGGUCCUGCCACUGUGGUUAUAGGAGCAUUUGCACAUGGAUCGGUGAACGUGGAUUAUACAGAAAAAACCGUCUCUAUCAGUAACUACCCCCUGUCUGCAGCCUUGACGUGCGCCAAAGUCUGUUCAGCCUAUGAGGAAGUUUGGGGUGUUUUAUGACCUGGAAAGGUUUAUGGUAUCUUCUGUCCAAAUCUGUCAUUGGAUUCAAUAAAGUCUUUCAUCCAUGUAACUGGACCUAGGGUUCAGUGUAUGUGUGGAUAUUAUGUAUAGAAAGGAAAUAUCAUUGGAAACAUCCGUUACAAGGAAUCUGUUCCAGAAUGUGUAAUUUUACAGAUUUUUCAAUGUUAUGACAAAUAAACAGGCAUUUUACA